CAAUUCCAAUUUCUCAUUUUCUUCUUCUUUCUCCUCCAUAUUAUUUUCAUGAUUUCCUAAACCCUAAAAAUUCUUCUUUCUUAUUACAAAUAUAUAUAGUCACAAUAAUAAUAUCUAUAGAUAUAGAUAUUGCCAUGCGACGUACACCAUCGUUACGUACCGUAUACCUCUCCACAGAGGAUUCUUUCUUCAAUUCCCAGUUAGUAAUAAAAAAUCAAAUCACAUUUUUUAAUACUAAUAAUAAAAUUAAAUAUGUCUUCAGAUACAUACGCCCCCACGGCCCCCACUUCUUUCCCGAUGUUAUGUAAUGCCGCUGCUGGUGCUUCCGCUGGUGUUAUUGCAGCUACAUUUGUAUGUCCAUUAGAUGUGAUCAAGACUAGGUUUCAGGUUCACGGCCUUCCGCAGCUUAACGGUGGGACCAUUAGAGGUAGUCUUAUAGUUGGUAGCUUAGAACAGAUUAUUCGAAAGGAGGGGGUGCGUGGCAUGUACCGUGGCCUUUCUCCUACCAUUAUUGCCCUGCUUCCAAAUUGGGCGGUUUAUUUUACUAUUUAUGAGCAGCUCAAGAAUUUGCUUGCCUCUGAUGGACAUGGGCUAUCUUUUGGUGCCAAUAUGCUAGCUGCUUCUGGGGCUGGAGCUGCAACAACAAUCGUUACAAAUCCUUUGUGGGUUGUAAAGACACGGCUACAGACUCAAGGAAUGAGGACAGGCAUAAUCCCGUAUAAGGGUACACUAUCAGCUCUGAGGAGAAUUGCACAUGAAGAGGGUAUUCGCGGCUUAUACAGUGGUCUGGUACCUGCAUUGGUGGGUAUUAGUCAUGUUGCGAUCCAGUUUCCAGCUUAUGAGAAGAUCAAAUGCUAUUUGGCUAGUAGAGAGGGUACCACUACGGAUAAACUUGGUGCUCGUGACGUUGCUGUUGCCUCGUCAGUUUCAAAAAUAUUUGCAUCUACUUUAACAUAUCCACACGAGGUUGUUCGAUCAAGGCUACAAGAACAAGGGCACCAUUCUGAAAAAAGGUACUUGGGUACUUUGGAUUGCAUAAGGAAAGUAUUAGAAAAAGAGGGAUUUCGCGGGUUCUACCGUGGCUGUGCUACCAAUCUGCUGAGGACGACUCCAGCUGCUGUUAUAACAUUUACCAGCUUUGAAAUGAUUCACCGAUUUCUUGUCACUUCAUUCCCUUCCGAUCCUCAUCCUCACACAUUGUGAAGGUUAACUACAUUGCCGGUAUAUUGUGUUUUACAUAGGGACAUUUAUACAAACCCAGCCUCCAUACAGAUGUGAGGUUGAUAUUACAUUUGUAACUGAAACAGUGAAGGCUAAUUGCAUACAAAAAAAAUGUAACAAAUUUUGUGGUUUUUAAAAAGGAAGGAAACAAGUUUAAAGUCUGCAUCAAA